CCCGCGGAGCCCGGAUGAGUUGUAACGCCAUUACCGCCAGAGCCGCCGAGAGCCCCAGCGGACGCGCGGUGGACGCUGACCGGCCGCACCAUGAGACUCCUCCCCCGCCUGCUGCUGCUGUUCCUGCUGGCCUUCCCCGCCGCCGUGCUGCUCCGCGGCGGCCCCGGAGGGUCAUUAGCGUUGGCUCAGGAUCUUACAGAAGAUGAAGAAACAGUGGAAGAUUCCAUAAUUGAAGAUGAAGAUGAUGAAGCUGAAGUAGAAGAAGAUGAACCCACAGAUUUGGCAGAAGAUAAAGAAGAAGAAGAUGUAUCUGGUGAACCAGAAGCUUCACCAAGUGCAGACACAACUAUCUUAUUUGUAAAGGGAGAAGAUUUUCCAGCAAACAACAUCGUGAAGUUCCUGGUAGGCUUUACAAACAAAGGGACAGAAGAUUUUAUUGUUGAAUCGCUGGAUGCUUCAUUUCGUUAUCCUCAGGACUACCAGUUUUACAUCCAGAAUUUCACAGCUCUUCCUCUGAACACUAUAGUGCCACCACAGAGACAGGCGACUUUUGAGUACUCCUUCAUUCCAGCAGAGCCCAUGGGGGGACGGCCUUUUGGUCUGGUCAUCAAUCUGAACUACAAAGAUUUGAACGGCAAUGUUUUCCAAGAUGCCGUCUUCAAUCAGACAGUUACAGUUAUUGAAAGAGAGGACGGGUUAGAUGGAGAAACAAUUUUUAUGUAUAUGUUCCUUGCUGGUCUUGGGCUUCUAGUUGUUGUCGGCCUUCAUCAACUCCUAGAAUCUAGAAAGCGCAAGAGACCCAUACAGAAAGUAGAAAUGGGAACGUCAAGUCAAAAUGACGUUGACAUGAGUUGGAUUCCUCAGGAAACUUUGAAUCAGAUCAAUAAAGCUUCUCCAAGAAGGCUGCCCAGGAAGCGGGCACAGAAGAGAUCAGUGGGAUCUGAUGAGUAAAUGUUCUUUGUGCAACAAUUCAGUCUGUGCUUCCCCUGCCCUGAUGUGUUUCGGCCUGAUGGGAAUUAGUGCAGAGAAGCCAUAUCACCAUAAAGGCAACUGCUGCUUAGGUGUGGACUGAGCAAUCAGAGUCUGUGGCGAUAAUAUUGCUGAAAAAGCACUGCAUUCGUUUUUCUAAAGUAACAAAUUUGGUUGUUUUGUUUUCUUUUUUUUUUUUAACCAUUAAACUGUGUGGGUGUGAAUGUCUGAGCAGUUGUCUUACCAGAAUCAUUGUUAAACUACCUGAAACACGCCUUUAGAAUACUCAGCAAAACGCUGUUGCCGCUUCCCCUGUGAUAUUUGCUGAUUUUUGCUCCCAAGCUCAAUUAAUAUUUGCCCCAGUGUGGUUUAAGAUGUUCUGCCGCGAAUUAUUUUGAGGAAAUACUUUAUUUCUUGGAAUCCAUCAAAUCUAAACUGAUGGCACAAACUGGCCUUUUGCUUGCUGUCUGUUACAGCUUCUAUUCUAAAGGCACGAGCAGGAGUGGCUACUGUCUGAGCAGUAGGAGCAUGUUGGCUAUCUGCUGCUGCUUACUGUGUGUACACCUUCAGGAACUUUGGAAUCUCUAGCAACAAAAUUGUGAAACCUGAAAAAUCUACUAAUGGUAUAUAAAUCCUAAUUCCACGCCUGUUUUUUUGGUCUUUGGGUUUUUUUUUUUUUAAGGAAAAAUGGUCCUUUUGUACAAACUGGGUUGUUGUGCUGUAGGAUGUUGUGUGUGACCUGGGAGAGAACUCUGGAGUGACUUCCCUUCUUUGCUUUUGCUUGUUUGUUGUUGGCUUUAAGCAGAGCGUUUGCUCUUAGGAAUAAUCUUAAGAGAAACUAUCCUGGUUUACAGACCAAGGGAAUCAAAUUUUAGGGGCAGGGAUACAUUUUGUUAAUCCUAAUCUACAAAAACAUUAAUUGGAAAGUUUUGAGGUAACAAGGUUUAUCUUUUAACCUGACCUUUUGGGUUUUUUUGUUUUGUUUUGUUUUUGUUUUUUAAUUGUUGACCUACUUUUUUCUUUGUUAAUGUGAAAAAUACCAAAACUUUAAGCACUUAGAAUUUCAGGACCAAAAUUAAGUUGGUUUUGAUAACAAUCCCUUUAGUCACUCUUGCCUGAACUAGUGAAUUAAGUUUGGCAUUAUUGUCAGCCUUACUAGAAAUUAAAGUAACAUGGAGUGUGAAUGGGUAAGAGGCUUCCCUCUGUUUUUUAAGCCAUAUUCUCCCUGUGUAUAUUACAAGGAAGUGCUAAUAUCAAUGUUGUAUUCCUGACUUCUUUUCCUUUUCAUUGGCUGAUCCAGUCCCUUCCCCCACACAUGUAAAGGAAAACAACAAAGUACAUACAGAAACAGAACUUUCAAAAUGUUUGUGUGAGCCAAAGCUAAUAACCAUAGAAGGUCUUCUGUAAUUGUUCAUCACUGUGCAAAAGGGGCUGAAAUGUCAAACUGCCUGUAUUUGCAUCGCUGGACUGUAAACUUUUUAUGCCUGUAUAUAAUGUGUGUGGGUUUUUAAUUGAGCUGUAUAAUGAGUUUAUUUUGAAAAGGUUCUUUGAGGCCUGAGGAACUGUAUGGUUUUUGACUAAAUGUAAUAUAGGAGACCCUUCUCGUUCUCAAGAAACAUUUUCCAAAACCUUCUGUGAAUAUCAAAGUUUGUUAAGCUACUGUAACAUACUACAGUAAGGUGUAAGUAAUUAAAACCUUUAAAUGGCCCGUAGAGUUUGACUAAACACCUGGUAGAAACAUGGGCAGUUGCAGAAACCACACUUACAGCUGCCACGCUCUCAUCCCUGAGUAAUUGUCUUAUACACCAGCUCUUUGUUUCUGAGGCCCAGAUUAGAGCCUCGGGAGUAUAGAAUGUAUUACUUUUUAGUGGAGACUGGGGACAGCUGAUAACUCAAGUCUUCAAGUGCCAGGCGUCUACUAUAGCAUCAGUAAGUAUUUAGCAGAAAUUAACACCAUAAUGAAUGGAAUUCAAUUCCACACAUGGUUUGUUCAAGCACACUUAAUAAGUAGUCUACUUUUAAAUGUCUUUUUAAAAUGUAAAUACUUGGAUGAAGCGCUUUUUUUUUUUUUUUCCAAUUUAGUCAUUUGCAUCAUCAACCUUGGUUUCAGAAUUUGUCUUUGAGCAAGUGCUUUUCAGAAUCUGUUAAAUGAAUUUAAGGAUCAUGUGUAUCAAACCUGUGACCCAGACAUUUGAAAAUAAUUUGUCAUAAAGCAUGGAUCCCACUCUGGGUGUAUAGCUUCAUCAUUCAAAUCAUGUUUUGUAGUAAGGGACUUUGGGAAUGAUAAACUGCCCACUGAAAUGUUGCCUGAGGGGUUUGGCAAGGAGAAAUGAGACUUUGUAAAAACCUAAGGGAAAGAGCCAAGUAGUAACGAGAAGUAGCAGGGACAACAGAAAAUAGAGCUAACAUAGGUGGUGUGACUAGUUCAUCCGCCUAGAAUUGUUAGGGAGAGAGACAGGUGAAACAACAUUGAGACAGUCAUGCUAGGAUUUUUAGGUAUGACAUUACAUUUAGGAAUGACAUUACAUUCAUCUCUUGUAGUACAAAGGUGUUCAUACUCUUGGUAUAAAGGGACAUGUGCUUGGUAGUGCAUUUGAGUCAUGAAUUUUGUUUUUAGAUGUGGUCUUACAGCCUUGCUCAGGAUGGUCUUGAAUUCCUACAGUAUGGUGUGAAAUAAUUUUAAUUUAGCUCAGAACAAUUUGUUCUCAUCAAGAUGUUGAUAGGCUAGAUCCUUGGUUUUUCUUUGAGUUCCAAAAUUGUAAGUUAGCUUAAAUUAAGAAUAUUUCUAGAUACAGUUGAAAUACUUACACAGUAUUGGAUGGCAUUUAUAGCCAUAGAACUAGGCAGUAUACUUGAUCUGUAUUUCUUAAAUAAAUCCUUCCUUACUGAGCUUAGCAAAGAACAAUCUAAAGAUCACAUUUCUUCGUAGCAUUGUAUCUGUGUGAUGUUGGGUUUCAUGGUUAUGCUAGUCUGUUCCACAGAAAAUUACUGUGCAGAGUAUUUCCUAAGAAAGGAGAACAGUGCUUAGUAAUUAUUGCAGAUAGCUAAGCAAUAGUUGCUUCAGGACAUUAAUUUUGUUGAUAUUUGCAUGGUUUUAUCCCUUGUUCAUUUACACAAAACCUAGACUUGUGACUCUAUCUGAAGUACUCGGGGUCUUUUCUAGAUAGUAGAAUUGUGUAGGAACAUAUACUGAAGCUGGUACCCUGCAGUUGUCUUUGUAAAGGAAUGGGAAGGGAAGCUUAUUUGUUGACAUGAGUCAUCUGAUGUAUUCUGUGGGCCUCCUGUUCGUGAACCUUCACAACAGCUCACUGGGGAAGCUACUUUGCUCUCGCUUAGUACAUGGAAAAAGAGUCACUGAAUUUCAGUGACUUGGGGGCUGAAUGUUAAAUACAACUUCAGAGAUGCUGUCUUUAAAAACCUCAGUAUUCUUUCUGUAUACUCCAGACAACAUGGAAAUUUUAUAGAACCAAACAUUUGGGCAACUUACAAAUACUCAUUUUCCGGAAUCCAGCAUGUGCUUAUACCGUGUACACAUGGAAUACACUUGCCCCUUAGCUCCUAACACUGCAGGGUUGCAUCUGCACUUUGCUUGUGUCUCCUUACUGAAUUUAUUUAGUUCUUUAAAAACAUCUUGUGGCACUGUGUGGUGGUACACACCUGUAGUUCCAGCUCUGGGAGGCAGAAAUAGAAGAAUCGUAAGGAUGCCCAGCCUGGCCACAUUAGCAAGUAGAUUGUUUGAAUUGUUUGUUUUUUGUUGUUUUGUUGUUGUUUGUUGCUGAAAUACCCAUAUUUAUUAGAGAUGUAAUAGCUGCUUGUAUUAUACAGGCAGGUGGAGACAGGUCUGGGGUUACAAGACUUGGAUCUAGUUUCUGUUCAGUUUGGAUUUUCUUUAGGCACAGUAAGACAUUGCAUAGAAAAUCUAGCAUACCUGGAAAGCCCAAAGGAUAUAUCUUUACAUAGUGUUCAAGGCACAGAGGUAAUUUGUGCCGGUUUUGUUCCUUUGCUUCCCCUUAUUCAGACUUCUGUAGGUCCCCAUGACAGUUGGUCCUUCUGUUGCCACAUCUUCCUUUGGUGGAUUCUGAGCCCCAGUGACAGCCUCUAGUUCAGUUAAGUAGAACUCUGUUAGUGACUAAAGCAACAAGGGCAAAGGCUGGUGGAUCUCUGAGUUUGAGGUUAGCCAGCCAGAACUACAUAGUGAUACCCUGUCAAGAAAAAAAGCCAACAUGGACUGGCACCAUAGCUCAGUUGACAAUGGCCUUGCAGGCAUGAGGACUUGGGUAAGGAUAGCACCCAAGGUUGUCCAUACAUCUUUACUCUUGAAGGCAUUUUAGACAAGAGGGUGAGAAAUAGUGAAGAUUGGUACACAGAGUCUAGCACUUACUUCGUGUGCACAUGACCCUGAGUUCAGAUCUUAGUAUCAAUAAAUAAAAGCAUUCAAGUCAGAUUUAUCUAGCACUUGCUCCAUGUUCUUUUGAGGACAGUCACCAGCCAUGCAACAUAGCCUCCGGGAGUCUGGGACAUCCGCUUGUGUUCAUUUGCUACCUAGAACUUGAGUGGAGGUGUAAGGAAGGUGAAAGGUGUCUUUGAUAAGUAUGCUGUCCUGUGUUCUAGUGGCAAUAAGUCCUGCAGAUGCUCCUGUCUGCUCUUUCUCUGUCAGAAUGUCUCCUGUGCGGCUGUUCUUUCAAUCCUUCAGUUUUCUCCCCCACUUAGCCCUGCCUGCCUGGGCAAAGCCAGCUCUUGUAGGAUCCCGUGCCACUCCACAUGGCCAGAGCCACUUUCACUCAGUUUCCUGUCCUCCACCAAUCCCAAGUCCACUUUGCCAUCUGGGGCUAUGCUGUUGGAUGAUGGCAUUUCUCAUAACCAUUUCUUAUUCCAUGUUGUGUAUUUCAGUCCUGAGUUCUUCGAUCAAAAUCAUUUCCUGCAGGGCCACUGUAACUGCCUGUGGUCCAUUAGUCUCUUCCCAAGCCAGUGACAUGUUUACUUUCCUCCAGUCUGUGUCACUUUUUGGCAUCACAACUCCCCUUUUAUCUAGCCUUAAUGAAUGACUGCUAACCCUAGCUCUGCUGUGAAUUAACGUUAGAUUUCGGUUCUCUCUGAGAUAACCUCUGAUUCAAAACAUCACUUUUUCUGUUUCCCGAUCCCCUUCAGGAGACGGCUAUCUUAUAGUGCUUCCCCCUUGUGGUUUCCCACCGUGUACUUCAGGCACGUUCAUUAUUGGGAAGCUUUACAGUAUGUGGUCUCAUAGUGAUGUGUUGGAAGGUGUUCUUUGGGUAUCUUUUGUGUCUGAUCAGUGAAAAUGGGGGGAGUGAACCAGUACUUCUCAUGCAGCUUCCAUGUACAUUCAUUCUUCUUGAGUGAUGAGAUGACUGCUAAAUCUGGUGAGCCUAAGACAUAAAGGUACCUACCUCUGGGACUGCUUUGCCGCUGUUUCCAAGGCACACCAGUGCUUACAGCUGGUCAGAAAAGUUCUGCUGCCAUAUGAAAACUUUCCCAAGUGCUAGCCCAUGUCACUGGUUGGUCUUGAGAGAUGAGAUGCAAAAAGGCAUCUAAAAUACUAAACAGAAGACAAAGGAAAAACAGUGGUUCAGGCAUGGUGGCACUUACCUUUUAUCCCAGUACUUGGGAGGUAGGGAAAGGAAGGUGAAUCUUUCUUUGAGAGUUCAGGCCAGCCUGCUCUAUGUACUGAGAUCCUGUCUAAGCAAAUUUGAUGAUGAUUUUGCCCAGAAUUGUCUUUAAACGUUAAUAUAUUCUCUAUAUACAAAAAUGUUGCCAUUCCAGGUAACAAAGUAGUAUUGUAGAAUCAAGAGGACUAACGAAUUCCAUACCAGGCUUGAUGAUACAGGCCUUUAGUCCCAGCUGAGGCAGGAGGAUUGUGACCUCUAAGUCUGCUUGGGCUGUAGGGUAAUUUCAAGGCCAGCUGGGCAGCUUCAUGAGACCCUGUCUGAAAAGAGCUGGGGGGUGAUGCUCAGCAGUACAGAGCUUGUUUAGGGUGUGUGAGGCCCUGGGUUCCAAGCCCCAGCACUACACAUGCCUGUGCAUACAUGUGUGCGUUCACACACGGUUGCACACACACCUCAACAUGUGCUGCCCGCAUGUCGACUUUGCCGAUCAUGGUCAUAAAAGAUACAUGAGGGUUCAAAGACGCAGUAGCCCCCAGGUGUCCCUCCAGGCUCUGCUUGGCACAGUCACACUAUGUUCCUUCCUCACAGGAAGGUCACUUGACUAGGGGCUGCAAACUUGGAGAAUCUGACUUUAUAACUAAUAUUUUUGGUCUCCUGAAAAAGAAAAACAUGCUCUGGAGAUCAGAAAAAACAAGGACUAUAAGAACCAGUAUUUUUAUGUUUUCUUCUAAAUGCUUGGAACAGUAUUGGAAUUCAGAUUAGCUUUUAAAUGCUAACCCUGCAGAGAGACAUACCAAAAUGUAGAUGCAGCCUUUGUGCUGGGGUGGGGGAUUCUUUUCCUUUUCAAAAUGUUUGUAAAGUGCUUAUAUUUUAUAAUGAAAGCAAUAAAUAUGAAUGUUGACUUUA